AUGACGACAACGAUAACUACAACAAUUGAAAAUUUACAUAGCAACAAACGAAAAUUUGUUUCAGAUGAUGAGGUAGAAACAAGUUGUCAUACGAAAAAAAUUAAAUCUGUAGAAACCGAACGAUUAUCAUCAUCAAUUAUUGAAAUAGAUGAUACUGAUGAUAUGAUGAUAUGCGAAAACUUCAAUUCAAAAGAAAAUAAUACACAACAAACAGGUGCUACAACGAACAAAUCAGAAGCUAUUUCAGUCCCACAACAUUGUAAUGGUAUAUGCAACGCUGAUGCAAGUCCAACAACAUUGCUAAUUCGAUGUUAUUGUGAUCCAUAUCGACUUAAUGCUUUAAUUCCAUAUGAUUCGGAUAUUUAUUGA